ACGUUGGAGUGAUUGGUUGGAAAAAAAUUAAAAAAUAUUAAUUUUACACCGAAACCUCAUUAAUAAAGAAAAUAAAAGAAAUUCACUUGAAAAUUUUCGUUAAAAAAUAAUUUUUAGAAAAAUUAUUUAAAUUUAUUUUAACGAAUCUCAACGAAAUGUGAACAGAAAUGUAUCGAAGUUGAUUGAAAGAGACAAAAAAAAAAUUAACCACAAAAAAACAUUAAAUUGGAUCUAAUUUAACAAUUGAAUUAGAGUUCAACCUUCUAUUGAUUCAGUGACCGAGAAUCAGAGAAAAAUCAUCCAAAAUAGGUGCAAAAUCGAGUUUUAGAUAACAUCCGUUAAUUUUGAGAUUUAUUGAAGAAGUACAACGACGAUGACAAUGCACGGCGGCGGUGUAGAAAACAAGGCGUACGAAGGUGACGGGCAUCUCAAGAACCAUCGACCAUCGACGACGGCUUCCAUUCAGAGAGAAAAAGUCAAGCUACGACGCAGCGAGAAAUGGCGCAUCUUGAAAAAUAUUGCGGUAGUUUCGUUUGCUUUCAUGGUGCAGUUUACGGCGUUUCAGGGCACCGCGAAUCUACAGUCGUCAAUUAAUGCCAAAGAUGGACUCGGAACAAUCAGUUUGAGUGUAAUUUAUGCGGCGCUUGUGGUGUCGUGCAUUUUUGUGCCAACAUACGUUAUUCGACGAUUGACCGUUAAAUGGACCUUGUGUCUCAGUAUGUUGUGUUAUGCGCCGUAUAUUGCAGCCCAGUUUUAUCCAAAAUUCUACACCCUCGUCCCUGCUGGCAUCUUAGUAGGUCUCGGUGCAGCUCCCAUGUGGGCAUCAAAAGCCACUUAUCUCACACAAUUGGGACAAGUUUACGCCAAAUUGACAGACCAAGCUAUCGAGGCAAUUAUCGUACGUUUCUUCGGAUUCUUCUUCCUUGCCUGGCAAACUGCCGAAUUAUGGGGAAAUCUCAUCUCGAGUCUUGUGCUAUCGAGUGGCGCACACGGCGGCGGACAUUCGGGCGGCGAUUCAGAAAAUGGAACGUCAUUGGAGCAAUCUUUGGAGCGAUGCGGAGCACAUUUUUGCGUUAUUGCCGGACCCGAGGGCGAAACGGAACGUCCUCCAGACUGGGAAAUCUAUGAAAUUAGUUCGAUUUAUUUGUCGUGUAUCGUUGCUGCGGUCAUCAUAAUUGCACUUUUCUUGGAUCCGCUGCGGAGAUAUGGUGAACGUCGACGUGGAUCAAUUACUGCGAUUGAAAUUGGCGGAAGUCAAUUACUGGCAGCUACAUUCCGUCAACUGAAAAAGCCAAAUCAGCAACUUUUGAUCGCCAUCACGGUAUUUAUUGGCAUGGAACAAGCCUUUAUCGGAGCCGAUUUCACACAAGCUUAUGUGGCUUGCGCUUUAGGAGUUCAUAUGAUCGGAUAUGUGAUGAUUUGUUUUGGUGUCGUAAAUGCAAUUUGUUCCAUUAUUUUCGGUUCCAUCAUGAAAUAUAUCGGAAGAAAUUUGAUUAUUGCACUUGGGGCACUCGCUCAUGGCGGAUUAAUUAUUUUCUGUUUGAUGUGGCGACCAUCGCCGGACCAUCCGUUAAUCUUCUUUUUGGUUUCUGGCGUUUGGGGAGUCGGAGAUGCUGUUUGGCAAACACAAAUUAACGGACUUUAUGGAACACUUUUCCGAAGAAACAAGGAAGCAGCUUUCUCAAAUUAUCGUUUAUGGGAGUCUUUAGGCUUUGUCGUGGCUUAUGCUUAUUCAACGACGUUAUGUGCCGAGAUGAAAUGUUACGUUUUGUUAGCUGUUCUCGCUGUUGGCGUCAUUGGUUACAUCAUUGUCGAAAUUAGACACACGAAACAGGAACGAAGAAUCACUAAAAUGGAACAAGCCGCUUCCAAGGAGGAGCAAGAACAAGCGCAACGAGAAAAGGAACAAAAUGACGCUCAUGACGAGCUCGACGAGGAUAUUGUCGUUACGCAUAUGUAAUUUUGUUAGCGGAGAAAAGAUGUUAUUUUAUAAAAAUUUUCCUUUUUGAUUUAAAAAAAAAUUAUUUUAAAUUGUCAAUCAAAUUGAUUUGUAGUAUUAUUGUUAGGUUAGAAAACAGUUAAAAUAAUAAAUGUGCACUUUAAGCUAAAAAAACGAAAAAAAAAAAUUUUAACGGUCAAAAGAGGAAUUUGAAAUUCA